UGCAGAAGUACUACUUAGUGUUACAGAGAGGAAUGGCUGCAAAAGAAAACACUUUUUAGAGGGAGACUAUGACCUCAGAGACACAUCAUCUUUUCCUUCUCCUCCUCCUCCUAUAUGUGCUAGACUGCAAAGAAACCAAGUAGGAUAAUUACCAGCUCGGCAACCGGGGACUACAGGCAGCAGUGCUAAUCGCCAAACAGACACCUUAGGCCUGCAGCUGCUUGGCUCUACCACAUUUAAAGGGCCAGCCCCAAGAAAGGCACUUUGGGGAAGAAUUCCUACAGCAGGGCAGACCUGCAUUAGGGAAAUGACAUGGGAACCAAAUUUACAAAGUACCUCAAAAACAGCUGACUUUGAACUCUACAGACAUGAGGAAGAUCAGGCUGAGAAGGAUGGUUUUGUGCCCAGAAGAGUAGGUUCUGGGGAUAUUCCAGUUCUUUGUUCAAUAUGUCAACAAACAAUAUACCCACAUCAACUUUUUUAUCAUAAAAAAGAGCACAAAGCCCUAGCUCUACUGGGUUAUCAUCGUCCAUGGAUUGAAAUGGACACCAACAAACUUUUACUUCAGCGACAGAAAGUAAUUUCAAGACUGAUCAAGCUUUCUAAAUACACUGAAAGAGACAAACAGAAGAUUGAUUGUUCAUUAGAGCUACUUAAGAAUAAAUCAAAGGGCACCUCAUAUUUUAAUGUUGAUAAUAUUGACGACAGUUCUGGAUACCUCAAGAAAGUAAGCAAUUCUCUAAUAAAAGCAUUAGCAGUCUGCCAAGACAAAAAUUCAACAUGGCGAGCAGAUAUGGAAGAUACAUUCAUUGUGCUAGAUAAUUUUGGAAAUAGGUCAGAUACGUGUUUUUUGGGCUUAUUCGAUGGCUAUCAUGGUGUGUUUGCUGCUGAGACAGUUUCAGCAGAGCUUCCACUUUUAUUUCUUGACCAACUGUCUCAGACUGAUUCCUCUUACAAAGUGAGUAGAAAUGAGGAACAGAUCCUAGAUUCUUUUGCCACAGUAAUCAAGGGAAAUUACAGGGAUCAGGAAAAGGUUUUCUCUAGUAAAACAGACAGUGAUAAGACAACCAAGCCCAAUACUUAUGAAUGGAUUCACAAAACAUAUGCAAAGUCUUUUUGGAGAAUGGACAGACUUUUACGACUUGGAAGGAAUGAGGUUUCCAAAGUUCGCUGGAGUAGCUGUACAGCUGUUACCUGUUUAGUGGAAAGGAUCAGUAAUGAAAAGAGCAUCAAGGAACAAGAGGAGACAAUGCUGCUUGAAAACAACACUAAUAAUUCAGCAAAUCCAUCCGAAAGCAGUACUGGGAUACUGCAUAUUGCUAACAUUGGUAAUAUACAUGCAGUCUUAUGCAAAAAUGGAAAAAGCUACUGCCUUACCAAAGAACACAGCACUUCUAAUUCUAAGGAAAGAGACCGUAUACUUCAGAAUGGUGGAAACAUCAGCACAAAUGAACCAAAAGGACUAGUUGAAGGGCUCAUCAGAGCUACUCGUGGCCUUGGACAUCAUGGAGAUCCAAAGUUGAAAAAAUCUGUUAUUCCUGUACCAUAUACCAUAUCUGUCCCUACAGAUGAUUCAUGUCAAUUCCUUAUUUUAGCUUCUAAUGGGCUUUGGGAAGUUCUGGAUAAAAAUGAAGUGGUUAUAUUAACUCUAAGAAUGUUCACCUCUUAUUUGGAAACAUAUGCCCAGCGAGAAGAGAUUUCUAUGCACAAAUAUCAGUAUUCAAUAGUUCCCUAUAAAGACUAUUUAUGUAGUUCAAUGGAUAUUAAUGACCUACAAGACAGAAUCCAAUUAUGGUAUUUUAAUAAAGAAGCUUUCCUCCAGAAUCAAUGUGAAGGCAGUCUGAAACAAAAUAAUAAAUCAUGCUCAUGCAACAGAAGAGAUUCGCAAAAUGAAAACAGGAUGGAGCCAGGCUCUAACAAAGAGAGUUCUGAAGAAGUGCAACAGUUAGAAGAUCACGUAAAACAAGCUGAUACCAAAGCUUGUCUGUCUAAUAAUCAUGGAACAUGUUCACAACACACAGAGAUAAUCCAGUCAGCCUCUGGCAGUCAAGAAGGUUCUGAAGAAUUGAAACGGUUUGACGAUGAUACAAAAGCAUAUCUGUCUAAUAAUCGUGGAUCACAUUCACUAAUUGCCAGCAAAGGAGAAAUAAAUUCAGCAACAUUCUAUGACAGUGCAGCAAAUUACAUUAGUAAACAACUGGUAAAAACUGCAUUAGCAGCAGGUUCUCGAGAUAAUAUUACUAUUUUGGUUGCACUUCUAAAUGGAUGUGAUAAGAUACCUAAUUAUAUUCAAAAUGUAUAAUGUGCUUACCGGACAGAGUACCAGAGUGUGAAAAUAUACCCUAGAUUUAGGCAAGUCAAGUUACAUGAGUCUUAAAGUGUCAUCUUCACUUGGUCAACCCAUUUUGGGGCAAAAGUCAUUUUUUUGUAAUUGUGUGAAAGCACUAACUGCUAAAAUUCAAUAAAGAUUUCUUGUUGAAUUCAUGGUAAGAACAAACACUAAUCACAAUGCUUUCCUGUUUUAUAACCACUUUAUUCAAACCUGAGCACCUCAAUAUAAAACUAAACACUGGUGAACUGUCAUUUUCCUUGCUACGCCCAAAUCACUGCAAAUUUAUAAUCUGCACAAGUUUCUGCUAGCAGUUCAACAUUUAAAUAGAUUAAAUCGUCUUCUGACACUUGGUAAAUUUCAUAUAAUGAAAAUAACAAAGAAUUAGUGCAAUAGACUGGACAGAUCAAAAUAAAAUGGACUUUGGAAAACAAGGCUGCAGAGUUCAUUACUGACAGACAGCAGUACUUCUGUUACAGGUACAGGAGCAUCAUUUAUUACUGUUCUAGCCAUAAAGGAAGAACUCAGAACCCCUUUAGAUUAGGGGAAGAGAAAAAGUUAGCUUUAAGUAACUGUACAUUUUGUAUACCUUUAAGCAACUCUUAAAUAUUACAGAAAGUAUUAAACAAAUGUAGACUACAAUGCAGUACCCUAUAUACAGUACAUUAAUAUCCAAAUUUAAAAUCAAGUUGAAUGUACAUAAUUAUUAGUGCACUGACUAUUUUUUUCCUUUGGGGAAAAACAUAAGAAACUGUGUAAUGGCCAGCAAUGAUCAAAAACAACAAAAAAAA